GAGGUGUUCGAGGGAAUAGAUCAGGAAGCUAUAAAUUAUACCACUGCUACAACUUUACCAAGAAGCGAGUCAAGCAGCCAGCACGAGAAUGAUACGCGAAUAUGGAAAUCUCGCACGGCUUCGGAGUCUGCAAGCCUACAUUCCCACGAGACAAACUCCGUUCACGGGAGCACUGUGUCGCAAGGGCGUGAUUAUCGCGUGUUGACGGAACAACGUAGUUAUUAUUCAAGUUUCAAGCCUCGCUCGAGUGAAACCCAGUCACAAGUUUCAGACGUUUCCAAGAAUUCUGGUUCAACAAGAGAAAGAAUUGUCACCCAUUCUAUCAAGACCUCGGGAACGAAGAAAGUCUUUACCUUUGAUUUAAAGUAG